GAGAGAGAGAGAAAUGGAGGAAUUAAUGGGAAAAUUCUGCAAAACGGUGGCGGAAUUCUGCAACCACCUCCAAAACAGCUGCGCAGCCCUCAAGGAGUCCGUCGAUCGCCGCCCGAUUCCACUCGACUCUGCAUCCACAACCUUCGUGCAAAGCGUUAACAGGAGGGUAUCGACCGCCGCCAGUGACUUAAACGUGCUGGAAUCCAUGUCGUUUGGGACGGUGUCGUUUGAGGAGCUGCUGGGACAUUGCAAUGAAGUGUUGAAGAAUACUCAAAACGACGUUUGUGUACUCGAGGACCACCUUCGCUCCUCCUUCAACUACAUUCCUCCUCUUGAUUUUGAUGAUGAUGACGUAGAAGACAGCAGUUUGGAUAAUUUCUCGGUGGAAAACAGCAAAUCGGACUUGAAGGUUAAUAGUAUAGAAGAGGACCCUUUACUUGAUGAUUCGUUGAGUUUAAAGAAUUUCGGAAUCUCAGAUGUUUGUCUUGCAACCAUAGCAUCUCAAGCUGACCGUGAUUUUGAGAUGGAAGAACCUUAUCAUCGGUUCCCUACUGAAAACUUGGAAGCGAUGGAAGGAGAAAUUGAAGAUGAUUUCAAGAAAUAUGAAAAUUCUAAACAUCUUAUAAAUGUAUCAAGAGAUGAAUAUGAGAGUCUCCCAAAAUUCAUGAAGAACUUGACUUCUUGGGAGGUAAGAAAAUAUUUUUCAUAUUUACAGCCAGUUUGA